UUGAUACAUUUGACAAUAGAUUAAAAAAAAAUAUAUCAAAACAAUAUAACCUAUAAUUUUAAAUAUUUUUCUAAGAAAAAGCAGUUGUUUUAUACAAUUAAGUUGCAUUGUGUAAAGAAAGGUAAAUUAAAUAUAUAAAGAAAACGAUUUCAUAGUGAUACUGUAAGUCUUAAUCUUUUUCAGGAAUCUCAAUACAAUGGAGACGUUAAAAAUACUAAUUCAAUUCGGAGGCGGAGCAGAAUUGUUAUUUGAUAAAAUAAAAAAGAGAAAUGUAGAAUUGCCAGCAUUGAAAAAAUAUUUUCCGGAUAGCCAGCGUGAUAAUUGGACGAUAAGGGACCUCCUUGUUUGGAUUAAGGAAAACUUGUUGAAGGAGAGGCCAGAGCUGUUCUUACAGGGCGACUCCAUCAGACCAGGCAUCUUAGUGCUAAUUAAUGACGCAGAUUGGGAACUUUGCGGAGAAUUAGAAUAUGAAUUGAAAGAAAACGAUGAAGUUAUGUUCAUAUCGACGUUGCAUGGAGGAUGAAAUAAUAAAAAAAUAUUAUA